AUGAGCUCCCGUUGUGUUCUCUGCGAUCAAUCUUUCGAUAGCGAAGAGGCAUUGCAGCAGCACCUGCGGGAUUCACCAGCGCAUACGCCGUCCUUCGACUGCGAGGAUUGCGAUCGAUCCUUCGGCAACGAGGAGGCUCUGGAGCAGCACCUGCGGGACUCUCGCAUUCACCAAAAGGAUACGGAAACCCCUCUGGAUGUCUUUUUCCGCUCUUUCCCAACGUUUGAUUAUGAUCCUUCUCUCCCACUAGCUACGUCCGUCGCAUCAGACGAUGCGUGGAACAGAUAUCAAGACGCGCUGCAAAGCGAACUGCACUUGUGGUAUGGUACAGAGAACGACUUGACUGCGUGGCAUGCGCUUUGCCGGGCAAUUAGUAUCGACCCGCUUCCGAAAACAUUGCAAAGGACGCACGUUAAUAUCGAAAAGGUUCGGACCUUCCGCGAUAUAGCAGAGCUGCGAACAUAUACCAAGGAGAUACGUAAGAUAUUUCGCAACACGUUCGACCAAGAAGGCGGCAAUGUUGUCUUGAGACAUCUACUUCGGAAGAUCUUUCGAGGGAGCCUGUAA